UCUUGCAGUCCAUCACUGGUACCCCUCACUGCAGCACUGUGAGUGCAGGAUUGAUGCCUUUGCUGGCUUUUUGGUGAUCAGGAUCCAGCAGGACACAUUGGGAUAUAGUAGAAGAGCACCAUCCUGACUGAAGAUAAAAGGAUUUACCCUCCGGUGCAUUAAGUUAUUCUGGAGAGCUGCAGCCCAGAGAUGUCCAGGCGAAAAGUGAGGGGACUGACCCGUACAGGUCGGCAGGUCAGUGAGGACCCAGAUCUGGACAACCUGCUGUCCACUCUCUCCCCUGAGGAGAUGGAGGAGCUGGACAAGGACCUGAUGAGUGUUCCAGACCUCAGACCAGAAGACGGGAAGAUCAUCGUCACCCAGGGGGAAAGCCACCCAGCUCUGAGCAAUAACGUCCAGGACUCAGCGAGACGAAGCGACCCCAGAGGGAUGCUCGGUCAGAGAGAGCAGUCAUUUGAGGGGGAACCAAAGAAAGAGAGCCGGAAGCAGGAAUACCUGAGGAAGAUGGGCCUCAGCCAGGAGGGCGACGAUGAUACGAAAGUAGGAGUACGAAGACAGUCUAGUGUGACGACUGACAGAGAUGCCAAGAUGGAGGACARAAACAGCAAAGGAUCUGAAAGUGUGAAGGAAGAGCGAAGCUGGCGUUCGAGUAGAUACAGCAGGAAGGUCGAAGGUGAUGCAAAGGAGGAUCUGAAUGAGAAAGAGAAAUGUGAGGAUUACAGGUCAAAAGACAGGAGGGAAAACAGAGAAAGCACAGGAAGYAAGACAAAGGAUAUGAUCUCCAAAUUACAGGAAAAAAAAGAUGAGAACAAAGAGAAGGAAAAGAGAGAGGACUGCUGGAAAAGAGAUGAUAGUAAAACCAAAGACAUCAUCUCAAGGCUGCGUGAAAAGAGCGAGAAGGACGUGGGAAAGGAAAGGGAACGAAAAUCCGAGAACAUCCGGACACAGGGACUUGUCUCCAAAAUGGUUGAGAAACAGGCCAAAACACCYGAGAGCCAACCCCAAGAGACUAAAACAGCAGAAGACAAAAACAAGCCUGAAGCCAACAAGCUAGCCGACAAAUCUGAGGAGCAGGUGAAACAGAACAAGGCAGAAAUCAGAACAGAGAGGGAAGAGCUGGUUAACCACAGUGACCACGUGAAAGAGAAAUACAGAAAGAUCAGCACUGAUAUGAAAGCCGAGGAGAAAAAGGAAAAAGAUGACACUAAAGAAAGACUUAUUAACGCAGAAGAAAAACCAAAACUUGGAAACUGUGUGGCCAAAAACAAGCCAARCAGCAAGACCAAGCAGGAGGUAGAGGAAGAUGAAGACUCAAGCAUGUUCGAUGAGCUGAUGGAGCAAGUCUGCAGCAACGACCCCUCUCUCACCGAACUCAACGUCAACAACUCAGAGGUCAUCAAGGCAAAAACACUCAUCGAGUUUGCACAGGGCUUGCACAGCAACACCCACGUGAAGACGUUUGCGUUGGCCAACUGUCGAGCAGAUGACCACGUGGCUUACGCCAUCGCCGCCAUGCUGCGUAGCAACAAGGCCAUCACCAGCAUCAACCUGGACUCCAACCAUCUCACCGGCAAGGGCAUCCUAUCUCUAAUCCAGUCACUGCAGUACAACGCCACGCUGACGGAGCUUCGAUUUCAGAACCAGCGCCACAUAUGCGGCGGGAAGACUGAGAUGGAGAUGAUCAAGAUCCUGAAGGACAACACCACACUGCUCAAACUGGGCUACCACUUUGAGUUGGCGGGGCCAAGGAUGACCACCACCAACAUCCUGAGUCGCAACAUGGACAGACAGAGACAGAGGCGCCUGCAGGAGCAGAAGCAGGCCCAGGCCAACGGUGAGAAAAAAGGGACCCUUGAGGUACCCAAAACAGGAGGUGGAGGGUCUUUGAAGAGUUCGCCAAGGUCUUCCCCAAAACCCUCUCCGAUUCCUUCGCCCAUGCCUUCCCCUAAGCUGACUCUGAAAAAACGAGCUGGAGGUUCUGCUCCUCCACCACCUCCUCCUCCUCCAGGUGGUGGACCGCCUCCUCCUCCACCUCCCAUGAUGGAUGGAGACCGCUCCUCUGGUGGCAAGAACUCAAGGGACCAACUGCUAGCCUCGAUCAGAGGAAGCAACGUCAAGCAGCUAAAGAAGGUGCCAGUACCAAAAUGGCUGCAGUAACACUUCCUGAUGGAAAAUUCAGCGGACUAAAAGAAAGGGAGAACACACAUCUCACCAGAGGAGAAAAACGUCCUUGAUGAGGAACAGUGCAUCAGGAAGGAGGGGGAAAUGUGAGCAUUUUUGCCCUCUUUGAGAUUUCUCCCCCCAAACACUGGACCAAAGGGACUCUGUGGAGAAUAAGUGAUGCAGGUCUCUUCAGAGAGUGCCAUGAAAUGUUGCCUCUUCAGUUCAUAUUGAUGCUUUUUUUUUGCACUAUAUAAUAUGAAGCUGAUCAUAUAACAUGUUGGUGCGUGCAGUGGAUAUCACAGGUUUACACAGCCUUGUUAAAAUUGUAUCUUUUUAUGGAAAAAUAAGAAAACAAUGAGAAAUCAUUUCAAAUUGUUUCCCACUUUUAUUGUGACAUAACCUUUACAAAUAAAAUGAAAUCAAACUUUGGACUGAAUAUGGAUCACAUUUAUAGAUGUCUUUAGCGAAUGUACUUCCUAUAUAUGGUAACAUGUCACAUUAAAGGUAGUAAAUAUUUUGAACUGAUCCAUCAUGGUCUCUUUCUUAAAAAUAAAUCCAGUGUAUUUUAUUAAGAGGGCUGUGUAAACCUCUAUAUGAUCCACUGUAUAUGAGUUAAGUUGAGUGAGGUGGGAGCAUGGGAUGAGUUUAGUUUCAAAUAACUAUAAAUGUAUUACUUAAACAAAAGUUUAUCACUGAUGUACUGAACAUUAAUUUGACCCCUUAUUUAUUAGUGGAGGACCCACAGCUGUAGGUGUGUUCAACUGGGUGGAAAUAUCAGGGAAUUAACAAACACAGAACCAAACUGCAGCAAAUCUKAGUACCGAAACAAAACCAAACAAAACAAGAUCACAAACACCUUUUUAUUUUUUGUGUCAUCUUUUUUUUUUUAAACAUCUCAGACAGUCCAGAGAAAUCCUGAAACAYAAUGAGGGAUUUUUACAAUGGAAAUAAUUACGUAUUGUCAUUUAUCAGACAGAGUGAAUGGUCCUAUAGUGUCUGACAUAUUUUAUAGAGAAUCAUUCUAGCCUGGCUGUUUUGUUAUCCUACUUAACUUUCUUUUAAUACUGCUUCAUGUCUUAACCUUUUACUGGUUUAAACUUUAAUCWAAAUAUCAGCCUGAGCAGAACUUGACACUAUGUGGUGAGCUAAAAUCAGAGCUAUCUGAAGAUAAACACACGCGUCUCUUUACACAUGUGUCUCUGACAGAGCCUGUAUGCCUUUAUUAAAAGAUUCUGGUAUGUUUGUGAGUGUAAAAUCAUGUCUGCCUGAUGUAUGAAAUAAAUAUGAAUGAAUUUUGUGUUAAGCCUUUGA